AUGCAGUCGAAUCGAAACCACGAAUCACCAUUGGCGCGAGCUCAGACCCUAAGCAAUCGAGAACGAAGAGAUGCUUUGUUGCAAGGAUUCAGAGAGCGCAUCCAGUAUUUAGGGAGGGUGUCGACCGACCCUGACAUGCGGCGACCGCAUAUGGCUGCACUGGUAUGCCAGUACAUUCCGGCUCUAGAAGACAUUGGAGUGAAACGAGAGGAAAUCAGUGCUCUUGUUCAGAGGCUCGAGUACUAUAGCAUCAACGAUAUCGGCCAGCUUGCCAAGAGAUUUGUCGACGCCUUCUACCUUCUCAAGGACAGACCGUACUUGAUUGAGCAACCCUCGAUUCCUGGCGGCUCUUGGAUUCAGGCCAUUUCCAGGGUGGAGUCCUUACUUCGAAGGACCGUAAGUGACAGCAUCUUGCUGAGGGUGGGUCGAAGCCCCCAAAAUCGACACCAAGAUGAGUUCGAACUGCGGGAGUUUUCAGAAGAUGCGGGUUUACUGCAAGCGAAAGAGCUGAUAGACGAGGAGGAACAGGAUUGGCUGAUGGUGGAGCGGAAGGAGGAAACUUGA